AUGGGUAACCGUGUUACCCGGGAGGACUUCGAGUGGGUUUACACGGAGCAGCCCCACACCCAGCGCAGGAAGGAGAUCCUGGCAAAGUAUCCAGAGAUCAAGACUCUGAUGGGACCGGAUCCACAUUUAAAGUGGAUUGUAUCUGGAAUGGUUUUCAUGCAGUUUCUAGCAUGCUACCUGGUGAAAGACUUGUCUUGGAAAUGGAUUUUCUUCUGGGCUUAUGCUUUUGGGGGUUGCAUCAACCAUUCGCUGACCCUAGCUAUCCAUGAUAUUUCACACAACGUCGCCUUUGGGAAUAGGCAGGCCAAGUGGAACCGAUGGUUUGCAGUUUUUGCCAACUUGCCGAUUGGCAUCCCUUAUUCUGCCUCCUUCAAGAAAUACCACAUUGACCAUCAUCGGUACCUUGGUGGGGACAGCCUGGAUGUGGACAUUCCCACAGACUUUGAAGGCUGGUUCUUCUGUACACCACUGCGGAAACUGCUUUGGCUUUUCCUCCAACCUCUGUUCUACAGUCUGAGACCACUGUAUGUGAACCCCAAAGCAAUUACACGGAUGGAAAUUUUUAAUGCUCUCGUCCAGUUUUCUAUAGACCUUAUCAUUUACUACCUUUGGGGGCUCAAACCUAUUAUUUACUUAAUAGCAGGUACAAUUCUUUGCAUGGGUUUACAUCCCAUUUCUGGGCACUUCAUAGCAGAACACUACAUGUUCUUAAAAGGGUAUGAGACAUACUCUUAUUACGGACCUCUGAACUGGCUCACCUUUAAUGUAGGCUACCACAUGGAGCAUCACGACUUCCCCAGCAUUCCCGGAUGCAGACUGCCAAUGGUGAAGAAGAUUGCAGCAGAAUAUUACGAUAACCUCCCACAUCACCAGUCCUGGAUUCGAGUUCUGUGGGACUUUGUUUUUGAUGACACUAUUGGUCCUUAUUCAAGGGUUAAGAGACUAUGCAAGCUGGCAAAAGAAAGCUAA